GCUUAGUCUGAGCCUGAUUAGUUUUGUAGCUGUGGGUACGAAAUGUUAGCACAGACGAGCACCCAAACAAAUGCAUGGCCAUCGACUUACUUCUAUACGAGUUCCAGAGAAGAUGGUGGCCACUGUGCACACCUUUCUCACCUCAAGUAAAAAUGUUCAACCUGAUGAGCAACUGCUGCACCUGGGUUUCCAAAAUACAGGAGCCAAUCAGGAAAGUGACCAUUCUGGUUGUUGGUCUUGACAGAGCAGGGAAAACAGCCUCCAUCAGAGGGCUGUUAAGAGCCCCCCAUGUUGUUGAAGCAGGACCCACUCAGGGGUGCAUCCGAAAUGAGUUGAGAGUAGAGAACUACCUGGUCACACUGUUGGAUGUGGGUGGAUCAGCAGAGUCGAGAGUAGCCUGGAGGGAGCUCUAUGGAGAGGCCCAUGGGAUCAUCUUCGUGGUGGACUCCAGUGACAGGCAGAGGAUAAAGGAGGUCAAAGAGGUUCUUGGUGACCUGCUGAAGCAAUCAAGAGUGGCAGGAAAACCUAUAUUAGUGUUGGCUAACAAACAGGACAAAAUGAACGCUUUGCUGGGAAGUGAGCUGAUUGAGAUUCUUUCACUGGAGAAGCUGGUCAAUCAGAGCCGCUCUCUUUGCCAUAUUGAGUCUUGUUCAGCCUUAAUGGACCUGCGACGCUGGUCGGACAGAAAGACUCUACGAGGCCUUCGCUGGUUGCUGCGUGCCGUUUGUCUGGAUUACCCUGAUCUGUGUACUCGUGUAGCCCAGGACAGCAAGAGGCCUCUGGAAUCAAGGGAGAGGGAAAAGAACUGGAAACCAGAGAAAGUACGCAAAAAAACUAAGGGGGAAAGAAUGCGAUCCAGCAAAUCAGAUAUUCACCAGGUUCAUCGGCCAAAAGACAAGGAGAAAAAGACCAAGGGUGAAGGAAAGCUGCAACCCAUUCGAGACAUGCUGCACAAGGAAACCACUCUGAAACAGAAGCUGAAGAAGAAGAAGUCAGUUAAGGUCAAGGAAGGUGAAAAGGAUCAUGUAGAAGCCAAUGUUCAGGGGGAGGAAGAGGAGCGUGGCGGUAAUGAUGGAGUGCAAGAAAACUCUGGUCACAGAGAGAAAGCCAGCAGUGCCCUGAUCACCCCGAAAAAAGGCAAAGUGAAACGCAGUACAAAGGAGAAAAAAGAGACUGUGGACGUGCCAGAAUCACUUGACAAUGAUGAGAAAGCUCUCAAAGCUAAAGGGGAAAAGAAGAAGAAGAAGAAAGUGGUCAAAGUAAAAAGGAAGAACAAGAUCAACACAGAGGAGAUGCCUGGGGCUUACUCUGAACCUGUAGACCUGUCUGCAACCUUUGAUGACCCUGUCUCCUGAUAGAUCUUUACCGAAAAGCAAUACUGGCUCUGAAGGAACGUCAGGGACAGUGAGAGUGAAUCCUGGUUGUGUCCUGGGACCUGAGUUUGACGAUGUAGUACACCAUCACACUACAUCACAUCACAAACGCACACACCUUUUUUUGACUGCUCUGUCUUCAUCACUUUCUAUAGACUCUAUAGAUCACUGCAGACCUGAUCCCUGAACCUUUGGCGUCAAUCCCACUGUGUAGUGAAGGGCAGGUCACUAUAAUCAAGUGAUACAGAAACAUUAAUAAUAUAUAUAAAAAAACAAGAUAAAUAUGUAAAUAUCAUUAUACAUUUUUUAAAAAGCUUGUUGUGUACCUGGCCAAAAUGUGGGAAAAGAGAUUCUGUUUGUAUAAAGUUAUGCAAUUUUGAUUGUAAAAGGUGAUUUUUGAACUGUAUCUUUCUUUCUUUUUCUUCUUUCUAUUGCUUCUUCUACUUCUUCUUUU